UGACAGUCGUCUAUUUCAUGUACGACUGACAUUCAUUAUUCACCUUAGCGGCCUAUAUUUGCCAUUGACUUGGUGCUCGGGGUUGUGUGUCCAUCAGAUGACCACCAAACCAGCUGGACACGAAGAGCGUGAAACGUUAGCCAUGGAUGACGUGAUGUCUCUGGAGCCGUUUGGCCAGUUCCAAGCGUGGUUUGAGCAGGCCAAAUCUACCGAAGGCAUGUUGGACGCCAAUCUUAUGUCUUUAGCUACUGCCACAAGGGACGGCAAACCUUCUGUCAGGAUAGUGCUCAUGAAAGACUUUGACAAAAGAGGGAUUGUAUUUUACACAAUCUAUGGGAGUCGUAAGACAGCAGAACUGGACGACAACAACUCGGUGGCGCUACUCUUCUACUGGUGUUCCUGCAAUGAUUCGCUAGGCCGCCAGGUUCGAGUUGAAGGCCGGAUAGAAAAGAUCAACGAGGACGACGGUACCGAAUAUUUCCACUCCCGACCAAGGGAUGCACAAAUCGUUGCCUGGGCUAGUCGUCAGAGUCAGCUGAUCCAGAACAAAAAGAUGUUAGAUGAAAGAAAUCUUGAACAAAGAAUGAAGUACGGAGACAAUGAACUUGUUAUCCCCAAACCAGAAUACUGGGGAGGCUACAGAGUUAUACCAAAUAGAUUUGAGUUUUGGCAGGGGCAGACAAACCGACUUCAUGAUCGAAUUGUGUUCCGCAGACCUUUGGAUGGUGAACAGUUAAACACAGAUGUUACUCACGCCGGAGUGGAUGGUUGGGUGUAUGAGCGUCUGAUGCCAUAGAAUCUUAUGUCAGAAGUUUGUGGUUGGGUGUAUGAGCGUCUGAUGCCAUAGGAUCUUGUGUCAUGUCAGAAGUUUGUGGUUGGGUGUAUGAGGGUCUGAUGCCAUAGGAUCUUGUGUCAGAAGUUUGUGGUUGGGUGUAUGAGGGUCUGAUGCCAU